UCAUUAAAUUGAAUAGAAUAUAGAAUCCUUACUGUCAAGAUAAUAUGGUGAAACAAAAUAUUGUUGAAUUCAAACCAUCGAUUUAGACACAAAUGGUAACGAAAGGUGACAACAAAAGUCUAAUUCCCCGAAUCGAUUGGCAAAACUUGGUCUUUGAAAGAAUCACGUCUGGUGACCUUUUAAAUUGGAUUGAAGAAUAUGGUUCCGAUAUUUUAUUUCAGUUUGAUAGCAAAGGUUAUGCACCCAUUCAUUGGGUUUCAAAAUUUGGUUUACAUGAUAUUACCACAACUCUAUUGGAAAAUGGUGUUUCAGCUUCCACUCCGGCUGAUGUAGUUUGUGGGGCCCAACCAAUUCAUAUAGCAUCUAUGGAGGGUCACACUGAGGUUAUUGAUGUCCUUUUAAGUUAUGGUGCCGACGUAAAUGCUCGAGAUAAGUAUAAAUGUACACCUUUAAUGAGAGCUGUAAUGACUGGUUCUCAUCAUGUCCGCAAUUCCAGAACCAUUUUACAUCUUUUAUGUCGUGGAGCUGAUCCAUAUCUCUUUGACGGAAAUAAAUUCAGUGUGCUUCACUAUGCUACACUGAAGGAGGAUUUAGAGGCUGUCAAUUUAUUCCUAAACAUUGGUGUUAAUCCAAAUUUACGAUCACAAAUUGGCGUCAAAUCUCUCCAUAUAGCUUAUUAUACUGGCAACUAUCAAAUAGUUAAACGUCUAGUUAUCGCUUCCAGUGUUUCACCGUAUGCGAUAUAUUCAUUGCAUCAACGACAAUUUCGAGCAAAUAAAAGUAUAAAGAGUUUAUUAGCAGAUAUUUAUAAUUAUGGAGCUAGUUUCUUCAUGGUCAUUUGGUUCCUCAGUAUUUUGGUUUUUAUGUAUCCUGCUUAUGUUUAUGAUUUGGUACCAAACUCUAUGGAGUAUGUUAAAUUGCAUGUUGUACUGUUGGCAUCAAGUGGACUCGAUUGGGUAUUAUGGUAUGCGACUUGGGCAACCAGGUCUUAUGUUCAGCCUAAUUCACUAGAAUAUAAAAAAGUAUUAGAAGCUAAAUUAGUAUCUGCAUCGAAAUUGAAAGAAGAAAUUAAGAAAAUUAGUGAAUCAAAGUCUAAAGAAAGAAUCAAAUUACCUGGGAUUCCUUAUUUUAGUGUUAAACUUUGCCAUACAUGUAAAAUUAUUCAAGAAAUAGGAACAAAGCAUUGCUCUUAUUGCAAUCGAUGUAUUGCCAAUCAUGACCAUCAUUGUAUUUAUUUAAAUAAUUGUAUUUCUUCUUACAAUAGGAUUCUUUUUAUUGCAUUAACUUUUAGUUUAGCGGUAACAGGAUCGAGUCUUAUUAUUAUACUUUACAUUAGCUUGCAAAAAACGAAUUACAAAGUAAAUUGGAGGCAAUUUGGAUUGUUUCUGCUUGCUCUCAAUUUAUGUUUCAACGGUGGACUUAUGUUGGUCCAUUCAAUUAUAAAACUUUUUAAAAAUCUAGUUAUUUAA